AUGGAGCGCCAGACAUAUUCCGGGGUCGAUGACAUUGAGCGGGGUGCAAGCAGAGAUCAACCCAGGAGCCCAAUCAGCAGUCUAGGAGAAGAAAGACCCAAAAUCACCUACCAAUACGUGGAAGAAGAAAAGGAAGAUCAUGACCACGGCAUCGACUGGCAGCCGGGAUGGCGCAACCAGUGGCCUUGGGUAGGCUUCUCAGGCUUCAUGACGAUAAUUAUUGCGACAGCAAUGGCUGUUGCCAUUCUCGGCAUCUCCAACCACAAGCGAGUCAAGGAUUGGCCGUUCGAGAAGUAUCCCGUUCAGCCUAACGUGCUGCUCAACAUCGCGAACCAAAUCCAAAAUCUGGGGCUUAUUACAAUGGUUGCCCAAGGUCUGGCAAUCGCCUGGUGGAGGAAAGCACUCAGGGGGAGUUCACUCCAAACUCUGCACCAGAACCACGCCUAUUCAUAUAGCUUUUACGCAAUUAUUACCAGUGGGCGGAAGUUCAAUGUCGUUGCGCUUGCUGCCCUUAUGACCAAGUUUGCUGUCGUCGAUUCGACUUUGUUUCAAAAAGCGACCAAGACAGUCAUCACGCAGCAGACCGCGUACAUGAACAGCUCAGUGACCGCUUGGAUAGCCACCGAAUGGCCUCAGAACAGUGGCGGCAUACCAAGUAAGAACGACACCGCCAACCCCAUCAAGACAGUGGACGCCGCUUGGGCAAGCGUCAUCGAUGCAUACUCGGGUAAGAUUGCGAACGGCAAAGUGCACGACCUGCUUGGUGCAAACGCGUCCUUCUUUGACUGUCCUUAUCGACAGGAGUGCUCGGGUUUCGUCAAGGGAAUCGGAUUUGCAUUCAAAUGCAACACAACCACGGAGGACAUUGACUACGGCCUGCAGCACCUGAGUCAGCAAGGUGGCGUUGAGUCGUCUUACCCGUUGUGGGAUCUAUCUUUCAACACGAGUUGGGCGACGACAGAGAAACCUUAUGCCAGUGUGCAACUCAACAUGUUGUAUGCUGACACCCAUCGCGGCGAACAAGCAGGGUCCUGUCCCGGGUUUGUGACUCGUCGCUCGUGCGAGAUCCGCCCGGCGAUGGUGGAGUACCCACUCACGGUCAUGAUUCCAAGCGAGGAAGAAUUGGAAGGGAAGAAUAUUGUUACACAUAUCAAGUUCUACAACCAGACGGGUAACGCUGAUUUCGGGACUGAGUUAGACAGCGAACAAAUCGAUCAGCUCAAAGUCCUCGAAUACCGCGACCUCGAAGAACGGCUUGGCGAGGUCUCCACCGUUGGCGCUCUGACUUACGUACUCAAUAAUCUCUACAGCUCCAAUGCCAGGCUAGUCUUCGGCGAAGAAUGGGACAUCAAAGUGGAGGGCUCCCAAGCGCAGAGCAUCUUCUUCGCGGACUCCGACUCCGACGACGCAAAUCGCUGCUACUACGACAUCGACAAAGACGGUCGUGACGACCCGGCGAUCGCGCUCCUCCGCAAGGUCAACACACUCAGCUUUGUCGCGGGUCUCUACCUCAACGGCGCGCCUACGACAGACGUGUCGAAGCGCAAAGCCGCGAACAUGCCCAGCCAAACGGUGCUCUCCUCCGUCACCGGCAUCGUCGAAGAGUACGACACAAACUUCAGCUACGUCGCUGGCGCCCUCGUCGCCACCUUAGCCACCGUUCUCCUCGUACUUCCCGUGUAUUGGGGAUUCUGGCAGCUAGGUCGCAAAGUCACGCUCGGUCCGCUGGAGAUCACCCAAGCAUUUGGCGCGCCCAUCAUCGCGCCUGACCGCUAUAAAAACUCGCACGGCGACUUCGACCAUAUACUCAAGGAGGUUGGCGACCGCCGCGUGCAGUAUGGGCAGCUGAGGGGCGCGCCACCGGGCCAAAUGGGUAUUGCGGAGCCGCAUAACGUGCAGUAUCCUGAUACGGUGGUUCGGGUGGGAAGUUCGCAUACAAGGGAGAGGGCGUUCGGCGUUGGGAUUGGAGCUGUGUUGGGAGGGAUUACGGCGGGGUUGGUUGGUGGAAAUGCGAAGAGUUAG